UUCGGCCAGUAGCAUGCCGCCCUUCGUGCUAUAAACAUCGUGCAGCUUACUUGAAACGAAACGUCGAUGGUAUCUAUCCACUACAUUUGACUUCUUCAACCGCUGUUUCAACAUCUGCAAUCAUAAUACAACGACGUCAUCAGCAACACACUUCACAGAGUGAAACCGCAUUCAAUAAGUACACGGGAUGAGAGCCAACAUGUAGACCGAAGAGAGACGCGAGAAAAUAACAAAACAUGGUGGACAAAGAAGAAAUGACGAAGACACCCUCGCCCCUGAAUAUCAACGAGGCGAUCGAAGGGGAAGUGUUGAACCAAAAGACUGCUAGGAUACUUAAAAACGAUCUCCUAUUAUACGAGGCUGUGAUAAAAAAUGAAGCGGACACCGUUCGCAAAGUGCUCAAAGAGCCCGUGGACGUCGAUUCCAGGAACAAUUAUGGUCGGGCGCCAAUUCAUUGGGCAGCAUCCAGGGGGAACACGGAGAUCAUAGAGAUGUUGAUACAAGCGAAAUGCGACAUCGAGGCCAGAGACAAGUUCGGCAUGCGUCCGUUACACAUGGCUGCGCGAUAUGGACACAGGGACGCUGUUAAAAUGUUAAUCAACGCCGGAGCGAAUGUGUCAGCGGUAAACAAGAAGCAAUAUACUCUCUUAAUGUGUGCUGCUCGGGGCAACAACGUUCGCGUCGUCGACUACCUUGCUGAGGCAGUGGAAUCGUUGAACGGAGAUGCAACCGAUUGUACCGGUGCAACAGCUCUUCACCAUGCAGCCUGUGCCGGUCACCCAAGUAUGAUAACCGCGCUUACCAAUGUGCCAAGAAUCGAGCUGAAUGCUGUGGAUAAAAAAGGCCAGACGCCUAUACAUUGUGCCUGCGCGGAAGAACAUCUAGAAGCCGUGGAAGUUUUAAUAGGACUGGGAGCUAAGGUGGAUGCUCAGGACAAUGAAGGCAACACGUGCCUUCACGUGGCCACGAGAACGAGGCACACGGCUAUAGCUCAAUUGCUAUUGAGAGCCGGGGCGAACACUGAAUUAACCGACGAAAUGGGCUUUACUCCGCUUCACGUGGCUGCCAGUCAGGGUUGCAAAGGGAUAUUAGAUUCGAUGAUUCACCAUGGGGCAGCACUCAACAAACAAUCCAAGCAUGGAAACACGCCUUUGCAUUUGGCCUGUCAAAACAACGAAGUAGAAACGGUCGAGAUACUGAUCAAUAAAGGCGUCGAUCUAAAUUGCUUAAAUUCGAGAUUACAAUCGCCGAUUCACAUCGCCGCAGAAAUGGGACACACGGAUAUUUGCGAACUACUGCUAGCAGCAGGUGCGAAUAUCGAACAAAGGGAACAGAGCGGCAGGACACCGCUUUACAUCGCAGCAAGAGGCAGUUUCACGGCAAUCGUCGACAUGAUAAUUAAAACCGCGAGAUUGGACUAUCCCACACCGGAGGAUUCAACAUCUGACAAAGAAAUUCGUGAUCUAACGCCAGCUAGAAGAAGAUGGCGAGAAGGAUCGAGGGGUGGAAGCAUUUCCAGUAACAAUGGCGCCUUUUCGGAGCAUAUUCGAUCGAUUUUAUGGAAGUUGGCAUACAAACAAUUAGGUCCCGAGGAUUGGAAAAAAUUGGCGUUGCAUUGGGCGUUCACAAACGAUCAGAUUCGAGCAAUCGAGCAUCAAUACACUGCUCCUCUUAUAGGUCCUUCGAGUUACAAGGAACACGGUUUCCGAAUGUUGAUGAUCUGGGCGUCGGGAUUGAAUCCUGAAAUCUCCAUAGGGAAAGAGCUUUGCGACGCUUUGUUUGCAGUAGACAAAAAGUCUGUCGCUGAAUCCGUUCGUAAGCACAUGGAUCAAGAGAAAGACGGAAAAGAGAAAAUGAACAAACAGCGAUGUCAUAAAUGCUCGAUCACUUAAAGAUAAUUCAUGAUUCUGUUUGAAUGAGAAGAAAGUUACGAAGGACAGAAAUUAGGAGAAUUUGAAGGAUCUUCGGUAGAAAAUUUUAGCGAUACUCACUACGUGGCAUAUCUGUAGAGACGCUGAUCUUACCUUUUUUACAGUAUGUUUCAAUAUAGAGGCGUGUAUCAUAGUGAAAUUGUCGUUUAGCAUUCGAAGAUCAACGAAACGAAAAUAAGUUCUGCGAAUCAACGAAAGCUUUCGAUAUAUCGCGAAAUCUGAUUUGAAUCUUUCAAAUGAAAUGGAACAAAUUCAUAUCAUCGCGCAAAUGUACAAAUUUUCGAGUCUAGAUAUUUUAAUGUUGAUACUUUAUAUAUAUUUUUAGAAAAUUCGAACAAUUCAGCAGUGUUGUAACUUUCAUUUUCAUUUUUUAGUUAAAGGAAUGAUCGACGUCCGAAGCCGUCCUAUUUCAUUUUAUCUUUUAUUCGAUAUAUUCAUCCAGUUGUUCGAAAAUCCUAUUCCAAAUUUCUACUGUAAAUAUGUCAGCGUAAUACGUAAAUACUUCUAGAAUAAGUGCGAAAAAACAAAGAAAUUAUACAGGGCUUUCGAUGUGAUAAAAGAAAUGCAUAGAGAGUAGACGAAGGAAACUAUCACGAAACUUUCAAUCAUUGUAUAAUUCGAGGAAGACAAUCUACAUAUCUGAGUAUUACGUACAAUUAAAUAAAUGCCUGAUUAAUAGUCUA